AUGGCGUCAAGCGCCCCCUUCCAGUUCGCGGGCGAUUCCGAAUCCGAAGACGACAGUUUCAACCCUGCGCCUGCCGACCUCUCUGACGACGAGAACGAUGCCACUACCGACCGCGCCACGGCCAAGAGCGACCGCCGUGCAAGCAGUCCGACGGCCGACAAUGAGCUCAACGAUGAUGACGAGGAUGAUGAGCGCCCCUCCAAGAGCGCGUCAAAACCGUCUCGCGAUGAUGAGGAAGAGGAGGAGAACGCCGACGAGGAAGAAGAAGAUGGAGAUGAUGGCAAAAACGGUGAUGACGAGGAGGAUGAAGAGGAGGAAGAGGAGGAGGACGAGGACGAGGACGACGAAGAUGUCCAUCGCCACCGUCGCAAACGGCGCAAGGACCACCGCGCUGCUUUCUUCGAUAUUGAAGCCGAAGUUGAAGACGAGGACGAGGCCGAGGAUGAAGAGAAAGACGGCGAGGAAAUUGAGGACUUCAUUGACAACGCCCAUCCCGAUGACAUUGCUGAGAGCGGCCACCUCGACGAUGAUAGGAGACAUCGCGAGCUCGACCGCCGCCGCGAGCUUGAGGCCAGCAUGGAUGCCGAGAAGCAAGCCGAGAUCCUGCGCGCUCGCUACGGCAAACGCGCCCCUGCCAGGGGCUACGGCGAGAUGGCUGUGGUGCCGAAGCGCUUACUCCUCCCCAGCGUCGACGACCCCGGCAUCUGGGCAGUCAGGUGUAAGGAAGGCAAAGAGCGUGACGUCGUCUUCUCCAUCAUGCGGCGCAUCGAGGAGCGGGCCGGUACCAAAGACGAAGUUCCCAUCACCGCAGCGUUCGAACGGGGCGGGCCAAACUCGGUCAUGAAGGGAUACAUCUACGUCGAGGCUCGCCGGCAGAACGACAUCAUGAUUGCGCUGGACGGCGUCCUUGACGUGUAUCCCCGGACCAAGAUGAUUCUCGUCGAGCUCAAGGACAUGCCAGAUCUCUUGCGGGUUACCAAGACACCAAACCUCGAACCUGGCGCCUGGGUGCGGCUGAAGAAGCCAGCCAAGCACGCCGGCGAUCUCGCCCAGGUGCUCGACGUGACCGAGAACGGCUUGGAAGCCCGGGUGCGCUUUAUUCCCCGACUAGACUACGGCGUCCGGGACGAAACGUCGACGGCCGCCGCAGCUGGAAAGCGGAAGCGGCCCGGUAUGCCUGGCCCACGUCCUCCCCAGCGCCUCUUCAGCGAAGUCGAGGCCAGGAAGCGAAACCCGCGUCAACUUCAGGGCAACCCACAGACGAACACCUGGACCUACAUGGGUGAAGACUUUGAGAACGGUUUUCAGGUCAAGGAUAUCAAGAUCCAGCAGUUGGAGGUCAAGAAUGUCAACCCGACCCUGGAAGAGGUUACCAAGUUCGCCAGCGGCUCGGAGGACGGCACGGAGAACCUCGACCUCAAAGCUCUCGCCGCCAGUCUGAAGGACGGGAGCACCAACGUCACCUACGUUCCCGGCGACGUUAUCGAGGUGUAUCAGGGUGAGCAGCGGGGUGUUGUUGGCAAGGCCAUCAAUGUGCAGAAUGACAUUGUCACGCUCCGGGUGACCGAAGGCGAGUUGGCCGGGCAGACAAUCGAGGUUCCCAACAAAGGGCUUCGUAAGCGGUUCAAGGCCGGCGACCACGUCAAAGUCAUUGGCGGCAGCCGUUUCCGCGACGAAGUCGGUAUGGUGGUCAAGAUUGUCGACGACCGCAUAACUCUCUUGACGGACCAGACAAACACGGAAAUCACCGUCUUCAGCAAGGACCUGCGCGAGGCGAGCGACAUCGGUGGCCAGGGGUCUCUUGGCCAGUACUCCCUGCUUGACCUGGUUCAGCUCGACCCUACCACAGUCGGUUGCAUCGUCAAAGUGGACCGCGAGUCGAUGGUUGUCUUAGAUCAGAACGGCGAUACCCGGCAGGUGAUGCCUUCGCAGAUUGCUAACAAGCUGCCGAAGCGGAAAACCGCCGUAGCCGCUGACCGAAACGGUUCCGAGAUUCGGCUCGACGAUGUCGUCCGUGAGUAUGGCGGGCAGCAGCGUCAGGGCAAGAUCAUCCACAUUCACCGGUCGUUCAUCUUUUUACACAGCCAUGCCACCACCGAGAACGCCGGCGUGUUUGUCACUAGGGCCGGCAACGUCACCACGAUCGCGGCAAAGGGCGGCCGCUCCACCAACCCAAACUCGGGCCCCGACUUGAGCACGAUGAACCCGGCCCUCAAACGGAAUCCGGCGGCCAAUAACAAUGCCAUGCAGCCGCCAAAGACCUUCGGCCGGGAUCGUGCUCUCGGCCAGACCAUCAGCAUCCGGAAAGGUGGCUAUAAGGGCCUCAUGGGCAUCGUCAAGGACACUACCGACACCCAUGCGCGUGUUGAGCUCCACGGCAAGAACAAGAUCGUCACCGUUCCCAAGGCGGAUCUCAUCUUCAAGGACAAGGUUACGGGCAAGACGAUUGAUAUUUACAGCCGCUCUGGUCGGGGCGGCUUUGGCGCACCCGGCAGUGGUGGAUACGGCGAUCGACCUGGAAGCAGAACGCCCAUGGGUGCAAAUGGGGGGGAAAGGACUCCGGCAUGGGGAGCACCAAAGUCAAUCGCCCGCACACCUGCCUGGGGCCGGGGCGAGACAUCCGGCUCGCGCACUCCCGCCUGGGGCGACGGCUCUCGCACGGUCAACCCCUACGACGGCAGCCGAACAGCCUACGGAGACGGCAAUCGCACCGCCUACGGAGGCGCCACGUCGUACGGCGGCGGAUCCCGCACGCCGGCCUGGUCAUCCAGCGCAAAGACGCCCGCCCACGACGGCUUCGGCCACGGCUCCAAAACCCCUGCCUACGGCGCCGGCGCCGGCAGCAUCGGCAGCACCGACCCCUGGGGCUCCAAGACCCCCGCCUACGGCGCCUCGGCCCCCACCCCCGGCGCGAGCGGCCCGUCCGACAGCUGGGGCUACACGCCCGGUCCGAGCGGCGGCGGCUCCUCCUCGUCCCAUCAUCAUCCGUAUGAUGCGCCUACGCCUGGCGGUGCCGGGUUUGGCGCGCCCACGCCCGCCCCGCUCAAUGCCCCGACGCCCGGCGGCGCGUACUCUGCGCCGACCCCGGCGGCCAUCAGCGCUCCCACGCCCGGCGCCUGGCAGGGCGGCUGGGGUUCGGCUGCGGAUGCUGCGCCCACGCCGGCGGUGGGGGCGCCGACGCCCGGCGCGAGUGGUGGUGGGUACUAUGGCGCGCCGACACCGGCCGCGUAUGGUGGUGCGCCUGAGACGCCUGCUGCGAGUGGGGAGAUUCGGUAUGCUGAUGAUGAUUGA